AUGGCCGCUAUCCAGCUCAACUUCACCCUCCGCACUUCUGCCAACUGCAAGACCGUCCACCUUCUCGGAUCUUGGGACAACUACAACGGCCAGCUCCCGCUCUCCAAGGACUCCUCCAAGUCUGGUGGCUGGAAGGGCACUUUCCGCUUCCAGGGACAGACCCUCAAGCAAGGCCAACGCUACUGGUACUACUACAUCAUCGACGGCUACCACGUCUCGCACGACCCAGCCCGUGAAUCCGUCACCGAGCCCACCACAGGCCGCAAGCUCAACACCCUCGACAUCCCCGCCGGCAAGCCAGCCGAGACCACCACCUCCAAGUCCUCUCGCCACUCCCGCCGCGUGAGCACUAACGGUGGUGUCCCCAAAGGUCGCCCAUUGGACAAGUCCCAAAUCGUCUCCCCAAAGCCCUACAAGCCUCAAGAGACCCGCAUGGUCCGCACCGAAGCCUUCGCAGCCCCAACUCUCGAACAGCUCACGGCCAAAUUCUCCCGCACCAACGUCGACUCCGACUCCGAGGAGGAAGAUUCCGACUCGGAUUCCGACGCCGGCUCCGAUGUCCCAUCCCUCAGCUCCCGCAGCUCAGCCUCCAGCACCCCAAGCUCCGUCUCCAGCACUUCUUCCUGCUGCACCUGCGAACGCUACGGCAUCACUCGCGCCGGCGGCCGCGUCAAGCUCGACUGUGGAGGUUCCCGAUGCGGAUACUCGGAUGAGUCGGAUUGCUCGAGCGAGUCUGAGGAUGAUUACAAGCGUGGCACGACCCGUCGUAAUGGAAUCGUCGUUCGUGGUGGCAACUAG